CACAUUUUCUGUACAUAUAUUUGAGCUGUAUUAGCUGUAUGAAUCAAUGUGCUGCCUCGUUAAUUUUAGAAUACAAAAACUUCUCGUUCUACAUCUGCCAAAGGAUUUAGGAUUUGGUUAACAAACACAAAAUGAAAGGUGUUCACACAUGAGUCUCGCCUUUAUUAAGAGAUUCUUUUUGUGAAGAAACAGCGAGUCGAAUGGAAAACCGCUCAGGACUUGCCGGACCGAAUUUGGGUUUUAAUGUUCUCAAGGUGUAUCUGCGCUUUUCGAAGAGAAACGCAAUGACAGCUUUUGUAAUAGCAAUCGUAUCUCUCAUGUUCAUUCUGAAUUUAACGAGACAAAUACCUACAACGACCAUUCAGUGGAAAAAGCUUGGGAUCCAGUCGAUACUGACCGGUCUGGGUGUAGUUACUAGAUCACAAACUCCCAAUGAUGCGACUACGACGGUAGCGCCAUCAACAACUACAACGUUGUCACUAGAACUUCUAGCGAUAACGCCUGAACUUAAACUCGAUCAUCUCAUAAAUGCGUCAACUGGCGCAAAAUAUCCAGUUACAAUAAACGGAAAAUAUACAUUUGAAAAUCCAACAUUGUGUUCAUCAGUGGAAAAUCUCUCGGUGCUGAUAAUUGUGCACACGGCACCGAACAACUUUGAGUCGCGGCUGGCGAUACGCAGGACGUGGGCGAACGACACGUACUACCGGCACCUCGGCGUCUCCAGGGUGCUCUUUCUGCUAGGGAGAGUGGAGAACGCGGACCUUCAGGGGAAAAUGGUGGCGGAGUUCAAGGAGUACCGCGACAUGCUGCAAGGGAACUUCCGGGAUGCAUACCGGAACCUCACUCACAAGGGCGUCAUGGGAUAUCGUUGGAUCACAGAACGAUGUAGAAAUGCAAAGUUUAUCUUAAAAACCGACGACGAUAUUGUUGUCAACAUGUUUAAACUGUUCACUCGUGUGUUACCAAAUUUUCAGAACAAAACGAAACAAAUAUUGUGUAAUCAUAUUUAUGCCGACACGAUGCCGAUAAUUAGAGAGAAAGAAAGUAAGUGGUAUGUGAGUGAAAACCAUUUCCGGGGAAAGAACGUUUAUCCUGAGUAUUGCAGUGGUUUUAUGGUUUUAUUCACCAAUGACGUCAUUCCGGCAAUUUACAGAGCUGCCACGAUGACGCCAUUUUUCUGGGUUGAUGACGUUUACCUCUACGGUCUGGCUCCCAGUCAUGUGCCGGGAAUAAAGUACAACGACUUUCGGGAAACUGACCAUAUGCUUGACGGACAAAAAGCACUAAACUGCUAUAGAAAUGUUACUGAAAAUAUCAGCAAUAAAUGUGAUUAUUUGGUGACUGGUUCCCGACAACUUCAAGAGAGCGAGGAUACUUGGCUAGAAAUGAAAAAGCAGUUCACACAUGACCUUGGUACCUUUUCGUCUUUAACGCAGAACACAAGCGCCAUCUCAGCGUAUAUAGAUAAAUGAAACUAUAACUCUUUUUAAUCGGAAUAUAAUUUGUCCAUUUUUCUGCUGUUGUUGUCUGCAUUAUAAAUGAUUACAUCAUGUACCAUACAUACACGUACUAGUAUAUCUUUUCUAUAUAUCUAUAUACUUGUAUACGAUGCCGCAUUUGCUUAUCACCAACACAGCCCAGUUCAGGGUUUGCAAUACACACAAAAUGUACAGCUGUUGAUCGGUUGUGGUUUUCAUUAAACACUAUAUUAUAUGUUAUAUUUUACUUAAAUCUCUUAUAUGUGUUUGGGUGUCACUAUGCACGUUUUAUUUGCAUGAGCUAUUUCUAUUAUA